AGAUUAUUGUGGAGUAAUCCAGUGCCUCCUGAGAGCCGGGGAAAGAUCCGGCCAUGCCAAAGAUCAGUGACUUCCCGUACUCUGAUGCCCAGGUCUUGGAUUUGGCGAAGCAAUUUCCGACGCCCUUCCAUCUUUAUCAUGAGGAGACGAUCCGCAAGACCGUGAGGGGGUUGAAUGAAGCCUUCAGCUGGUGCCCGGGAUACAAGAACCAUUUCGCCGUCAAGGCAACUCCAAAUCCGCACAUUAUGCAAGUCCUCAAAGAGGAAGGCUGCGGUGCCGAUUGCUCCAGCAUGGCUGAGUUGGUGCUGUCAGAGCGAAUGGGGCUAAAGGGUGAAGACAUCAUGUUCACCAGCAACAACACCCCCCUGAAGGAAUACCAGAAAGCCAAAGAGCUGGGUGCCAUUGUCAACCUUGAUGACAUCUCCCACAUAGACUUUCUGCAUGGGGAUGGGCUUCCUGAGCUAGUGAGCUUCAGGUACAAUCCAGGCCCCAGCCGAACCGGAAAUGUGCUAAUCGGAGAUCCAAAGGAAGCAAAGUUUGGCACGACUUCCGAACAGCUCUUGGAGGGCUACCGCCGCUGCAAAGAGCUGGGCGUGAAGCGCUUCGGCCUUCAUGCGAUGGUCGUCUCCAAUUGCCUGAAAGUCGAAGAGCUGUUGGAGACAGCUCGGAUGCUUUUCAACUUGGUUUUGAUCAUGAAGGACCAGCUGGGCAUCACAAUCGAACUGGUGAAUUUGGGAGGCGGCUUCGGAAUCCCCUACCGUCCGGAUGAGAAAGUCAUUGAUGUGCAGGCUGUGGGAUCUGGAAUCCAUCAGAUCUACAAGGACAUGAUCCAGGCGAAGGGUCUACAAGUCCGAAUCGUCACAGAGUGUGGCCGCUAUAUCACCGGGCCAGCGGGCCUCCUGAUCAGUCGGGUGACCCACCGGAAGAAGAUCUACAAAAACUAUGUAGGCUUGGAUGCUUGCAUGGCCAAUUUGAUGCGGCCUGGCAUGUACAACGCCUACCAUCACAUCACCAUUGUCCCAAACGGUGAGCAGGUUCCUGGCCUACCAGACCGCAACCAGGAGAUGCCAGACAACAGCAAGGAUCUCAUCUCCAAGACAGGCAUCUAUGAUGUAGUGGGAGGUCUCUGCGAGAACAAUGAUAAGUUUGCAGUCGACCGAGCACUCAAUGCUGAUCCUCGACCCGGUGAUGUAGCAGUGAUCCACGACAGCGGAGCUCAUGGGCAUUCCAUGGGCUUCAACUACAACGGAAAGCCUCGGUCUGCAGAGUACCUCUACAGAUGUGAUGGUUCAGUGCUGCGAAUUCGCCGAGCAGAGACAUUAGAGGACAUCUUUAGCACUGUGGAUUUCGCAGCCGCACAAACACUCAACAGUGUGCAGAACGGAUCUUCAAUACCGAAUGGCAAGACCAAUGGCUACUAGCACCUCUGACCGAUUUUCCGUGAGGAAGGCCGAACCGUGAUCCGGCCAACCUCAUUAGGUCUCAUCAGUCUCUCUUGAAAAAAGGCAAGGUUUAUUGGGUCGACGGCAUGGAGGCCAUCUUAAACAGUGAUGAUUGCAAAACAACUAGGGCAGCGAGCCAG